AGCAUAAAAUGCCCAGAAUGAUUGAGGUGCUGUUUUUCUUGUUCAUAUACAUAGCAGGAUACUCAGGAUCUCUUGUAUACACAGAGCCCGGAAAAGACUUUUGCCUCACUUUUUCGUUAAUAGUAGCACAGCCAGGAUUUCAAUACAUCUUCAGAGAUAAAUUGGCAAUAUGUCUUUACAGUUCUGAAUCUGUUUUCCAAAUUACAGAUGGGUGGAUGAAUAGAACGUUUAACUGUAAUGUAACGUCAGAUCGGAUUUCUAUUUGUAUUAACGAUACACAAGUAGAAGAUGCCGGGCACUUCUCCUACAGAAUAGGUAUUACUGACUACAGAGAAAACUUGACACUGGCUAUUGCUGGUAAGAAAUAG